CUUACUCACUCUCCCCCUUUUACCGGCUUCCUCGCACGCACACCCACUCGUGUCACUGCCAAUCCCCAGUGUCCCCUCCCCCGUGGGUGUUUCGGGGCUGUGCUAACGGGUAUAUGGCUUUGCAGCACAGAGUGGGGCUUGCUGCUUGGUGAGGCGCGCUGAAGAGGUAAUCACGGGGGUUCACCAUGUUCCAGAUAAAGAAGAUCUGCUGCAUUGGCGCUGGUUAUGUCGGGGGUCCCACGUGCAGUGUGAUCGCCCACAUGUGCCCCGACAUCAAGGUGACCGUGGUCGAUGUAAAUGAAGCGAGGAUCAACGCGUGGAAUUCGGACACACUCCCUAUAUAUGAGCCGGGUUUGAAAGAAGUUGUGGAGUCUUGCCGUGGAAAAAACUUGUUCUAUUCCACAGACAUUGAUGGCGCGAUCCAAGAAGCUGACCUGGUCUUUAUUUCUGUUAACACGCCGACAAAAACUUAUGGAAUGGGGAAAGGCAGAGCCGCCGAUCUGAAGUACAUUGAAGCUUGUGCCAGACGUAUAGUCCAGAAUUCAAACGGAUACAAAAUCGUGACUGAAAAGAGUACGGUGCCGGUGCGAGCCGCAGAGAGCAUCCGGCGGAUAUUUGAUGCCAACACCAAACCUGACCUAAACCUCCAGGUGCUCUCUAACCCAGAAUUCCUGGCAGAGGGAACGGCCAUCAAGGAUCUUAAAAAUCCUGACCGGGUGUUAAUUGGCGGAGACGAGACCCCUGAAGGUCAAAGAGCGGUUAAGGCUCUCUGUGCUGUAUAUGAGCACUGGGUGCCCACAGAAAAAAUCAUAACAACCAACACCUGGUCUUCUGAGCUCUCAAAACUGGCAGCAAAUGCUUUCCUUGCCCAGAGAAUCAGCAGUAUUAACUCUAUCAGUGCCCUGUGUGAAGCAACUGGAGCCGACGUAGAGGAGGUUGCCCGAGCUAUUGGAAUGGACCAGAGGAUUGGAAACAAGUUCCUAAAAGCCAGCGUUGGUUUUGGUGGAAGCUGCUUUCAGAAAGAUGUCUUGAACCUGGUUUAUUUGUGUGAAGUUUUAAACUUGCAUGAAGUGGCAAGAUACUGGCAACAGGUUAUUGAUAUGAAUGACUAUCAGAGAAGAAGGUUUACAUCUCGUAUUAUCGAUUGCCUUUUCAAUACCGUAGCAGACAAGAAAAUCGCCCUGCUUGGAUUUGCGUUUAAGAAAGACACUGGAGACACCCGAGAGUCUUCUAGUAUCUACAUAAGCAAAUACUUGAUGGAUGAAGGAGCAAAACUACACAUCUAUGACCCCAAGGUACCAAAGAAGCAGAUUAUAAUGGAUUUGUCCCAGCCUGGGGUGUCUGAAGAUGACAGAGUUGCUGAUCUCGUCCAUAUAUCUACAGACCCCUAUGAAGCGUGUGAAGGCGCUCAUGCUAUGGUUAUCUGCACCGAGUGGGACAUGUUUAAGGAACUGGAUUUCAACCGUAUCCACAGAAUGAUGCUCAAACCAGCCUUUAUAUUUGAUGGAAGGAGGGUUCUAGAUGACCUUCAUGGGGAGCUGCAGAACAUCGGCUUUCAGGUUGAAACGAUCGGGAAAAAGGUGGCUACGAAAAGGAUUCCUUUCACACCUACAGCAGAAAUUCCCAAAUUCAGUCUACAGGAUCUUCCCCACAAGAAGGCCAGAGUGUAAAUUCUCAGUAUCAAUCCUGACCUAAAGGCAAAUUCUAUAUUUAUCAAGGCUGGGAACAUCUGCAAUAUAUCUGCAAUAUACAAUCUGCAUUGUCUGGUCAGGACUACCCCAAGAGCAGCACUUGUUGCAGCACCAUGAAAGUUAUUUAAUUGUGAAUAAUCUUUGUAUCUACACAUCAAUGUUCUAGGUCGUUAUUUAACACGAGGAAAAAACUAAUGGAAUUCUGGAAUGUUUAAAGAAAAAAAAAAAACUCCCAUACAAAAUGGUUGGAUGUUUGACUUUUCGUGUCUGUGGCCUAGUUCAUGGGUUUUGUAUUUGAUAAUGAGUGGGAACAUCUAUAAUCGGAUCUAUUUUUUAAGCUUUUGUAAUUUUUUUUUAUAAAAAUGGUUAUUGGUCAAAUUGAAC